CGCACCCUCCAUCUCUCAUCUUAGACAGCUCUAAACAUCUCUCCCACUGCUGCGGGAUGUCGACAAAGCUGCAGCCCGCGCCCUCCAGGGCGCCUGUUCCGGCAUUGGUGCGCAUCGACGCCCACUACAGAAAAGCGAUUGCGUUCCGCUGGCAGGAGCUGGUGAUUCGUGCAUACGUAGUCACCGCAGUGGCGUUUCUCAUAGUUCCAGCAGUGUUGUUAGGCUGGCGUCCAUCUCUGCUUACCACCGUCCUCUCCCUCAUUCUCACACCCCCACUCUAUCUCCUCUCGGUGCACGUUAUCCUUCGCGCUCGGCGGACAUGGAUCGAGGCGCCACCGCUCAUCCCCGCCUCGCCCUCCCCCGUUGGCCUGUGGUUUGGCACGUUCACACCACGGGUGCUGAAUUUCCUGGCUGCCCAUGCCUUCGCGGCGCUCGUCCUGGCUCUCGCUUUUACUGGCGCACAGAAUCAUUACAACCCCGCCUCUGGGCUGGGAUGGAGCAGUGCAGCUACCACCCGCUACCCAUGGCACUGGAACGAGCGCAUCUGGUUCUUGGUGCUGGGCAACACCGUGUUCAUGACGACGAUGGCACUUAGAGAUGUGCUCGUGUGCAAUGUUGGGCCCAAGUGGCCUCAGAAGAAGGCCCCGUUCCCGGUCGUAGUCCAGCACGCCCUGGCGCAGCUCUUUACCCUCUGCCCCACAUCAUUUUACGCUGAAGCUGCCAACGCAGCCCAGUUCACGGCCGUCUAUACCGUGCUCUACUUCGCCCUUCGCCGCUCUGUGUGGCGCGCGGCUGUGACGUACCUCCCCUUCCUGCGCCCCUUCGCAAUCAACUUCGCCAAGAGGGGCUCGAUGUCUUGGGGACUGGCAUACUACCUCCUCGUUCUGCAGCUGACAGGGAUGUUCGCGUUGAAGCCAGCGCUUGCCGUGAUCAACGAGUAUCUUUGUCAGCCGCUCCCGUUCGCGAGCUUCACUCGCAGAAGCCCCCUCUCGGCGGACAAGUACCUCCUCAUAGCUCUCGGCAGCACCAACCCGUUCUACGUUGACCACACUGUCGUGGAGCUGCAGCGCGUCGUCCACUCGAAGCGGAGGAAGGAGAUAUUCGCGGACACGUCCCGCCCUGCGCUCGUGCAUGAGGUCUUCCGCGGCCUCCUUCUGGUCCUCGGCGACUCGUACAAGACGCUGGCAGCCAAGGGCCGCCAGCCGUCCAGCGCAUCGGCCGCGUCUCCCGUGCCCGUGCGCGACGAGCGCUCGAUUGCCGUCAAGACGGGCGACAUCUUCCGCCCCGCGCCCAAGCCCGGGCCGCUGCAGGGCCUCGUCACAAGCGUGCUCGAGGGAAAGCCGGCGCCGACGCCCGCGCCCGUCCUCGCGGUGCUGGACAAGGCGCACGCCGCCGAGCUCGCCGUCGUGAAGAAGGUCGAGAACGCGUCGGCCCUCGAAAAGUGGCUGGGCGGCACGCCGUUCCUCGGCCCCCUCGUCGCGGCCGCCAAGCUUGCGCGUGGCGGCCUCGGCGUCUGGGCCGGCGCCGAGUGGUCGCGCCGCGCUGUCGCUGCCGCCGUGCCCGAACCUGACCGCCUCAAGCGCAUCGUCGACAUCCUCGCCACGCUCAGCGUCGCGGCGUACGACGAGGACGAGUAUGGCUACGUCCAAGCCGUGCUGCCCAGUACGCUCGAGGCGCUUGUGCGCGUGCGCGGCGCCGCGCUGGCUCUGAGCGCCGACUUGGCCGGCAUGGCGCCGAAGGUGUCGUCCUCGGCUGCUGAGGCCGCCAAGGCCGAUUGCGCCGCUGUUGCCGCAAUCGCCGAGAACGGCAUCCGGCGUAUCGCGGAGCGCUUCGGCUCCACCCUCACGGCGUUCCGCUUCCCACAGGGCAUUGCCGCCCAGCUCUCGGACGUUUGCAAGUAGUUUGUGGGGUAUGCAUAGAAGAUGAUAGAGUGCGCGUGCAUGGCGAAGAGCGGUCCCGUUGUAUGGUCGGCGAUCAGUCAUCCGCCUGUCACUGAAUGCUACACACAUAUCCUACAACCAAUGCAUGGCUGCGGG